AUUGAGUGAAAGUGAAAGGAUUGUAAAACAUUCUCAGGAGAAAAUCACAUUUUAUAGGUAUAAUCUGUAGGAACAGACAUAACCUACAAAAUGAGUUUUUCUGGGGAACAGGACACAGAGAAAAAUGAGAGUCUGCAUCGGGGUAAAAUAUCAGACUCAUCUGAACCUAGCUGGGAGUCCAUGAAAAGUGACUGGGCAAUGGAUCGUCCAGUACGCUUCAGAGAAAAAUUAAGAAAUCUGAUACAGGGUAAGAGAUCAGACUCACUAGAACCCAGCUCUGUGUCCAUGAAAAGUGGUGAGUCAAUGGACUGUCCAAUAUACUUCACAGAAAAUGACAGUACUACUAAUCUGAGACCCCAAAAGAAGUUUGAAAAACCUAAGAUAAACACCAAAAAUCUGUUGGAGUCCAUAUUCAAGGAGAUGGAGCAUAAAGUCAUCACUCUGAUAAAGAAUGAGCUGAAGAGAUUUAGGAAGCUCCUGAGUACAGAUUACCCAGCAUGCCCUGAGAGGGAGGUGGAGGAUAAGGAGGAUCAGAGCAGUGUCAGAGAGGGAGCACUGAAGAUCACACUGCACGUCCUGAAGAACAUGAACCACACAGAUCUCGCUAACACACUGCAGAACAAACUUGCCUCUGGUAAUCGGCAGAAACUAAAAUCCAAACUGAGAGAGAAGUUUAAAAGAAUUAAUGAAGGAAUCUCACAGCAUGGAAGCUCAGCACUUCUGAAUGAGAUCUACACAGAUCUCUACAUCACAGAGGGUUGGAGUGGAGACGUCAAUAAUGAACAUGAGGUGAGACAGAUUGAGACAGCGUCCAGGAGACCAGCAACACAGGAGACACCCAUCAAAUGUAAUGAGCUCUUUAAAGACAAGUCCAUCAGAAGUGUGCUGACUAAAGGAGUUGCUGGAAUUGGAAAAACAGUCUCUGUGCAGAAGUUCAUUCUGGACUGGGCCGAAGAAAAAGCAAAUCAGGACGUCAUCUUCAUGUUUCCACUUCCCUUUAGGGAGGUGAAUUUGGUGAAGCAGAGACAUCUCAGUCUGAUGAAUCUUCUUCAUCACUUUUUUCCAGAAAUGAAAGAAUUACAAUUAAUAGACUGUGAUGUCCACAAAAUAGUGUUGAUCCUUGAUGGUCUGGAUGAGUGUCGACUUCCUCUAAAUUUCCAGAACAAUGAGAGAUUGUGUGAUGUGACAGAGUCAGCCUCAGUGGAUGUGCUGCUGACAAACCUCAUCAAGGGGAAUCUGCUUCCCUCUGCUCUCCUCUGGAUAACCUCUCGACCAGGAGCAGCCAAUCAGAUCCCUCCUGAGUGUGUAGACCAGGUAACAGAGGUACGAGGCUUCAGUGAUCCUCAGAAAGAGGAGUACUUCAGGAAGAGGAUCAGUGAUCAGAACCUGGCCAAUAAAAUCAUCACACACAUGAAGUCUUCAAGAAGCCUCUACAUCAUGUGCCACAUCCCAGUCUUCUGCUGGAUUUCAGCCACUGUUCUAGAGAGAAUGUUGGGUGAAACAGAGAGUGGAGAGAUCCCUAAAACUCUGACUCAAAUGUUCACACACUUCCUGAUCUUUCAGAUCAAACACAAGGACCAAAAGUACCAUCAGAAAUGUGACUCUGAUCCUCAGCAGACCAGAGAGAGUAUCCUGGCGCUGGGAAAACUGGCUUUCCAACAGCUGGAGAAAGGAAACCUGAUCUUCUAUGAGGAAGACCUGAGAGAGUGUGGCAUUGAUGUCAGAGAAGUGUCAGUGUACUCAGGAGUGUGCACCCAGAUCUUCAGAGAGGAGUUUGGGCUUCACCUGGGGAAGGUGUUCAGCUUUGUACAUCUGAGUGUUCAGGAGUUUCUGGCUGCUUUGUACACAUUUCUCUCUUUCAUCAGCAGAAAUGUAACAGAACAACAAACUACUGAUCUUUUAACCAAAUCAAACAUGUCUGAUUUCCUGAGGAGUGCAGUGGACAAGGCCUUACAGAGUGAGAAUGGACACCUGGACCUUUUCCUUCGCUUCCUUCUGGGUCUCUCACUGGAGUCCAAUCAGACUCUCUUACGAGACAUACUGCCCCAGACAGGAAGCAGGUUUCACAGCAAACAGGAAACAGUUGAGUACAUCAAGGAGAAGAUCAGGCAGAAUCCAUCUUCAGAGAAAUCCAUCAAUCUGUUUCACUGUCUGAAUGAACUGAAUGAUCAUUCUCUAGUGCAGGAAGUACAACAGUACAUGAACAGAAGAAGAGAUUCAUGGUGUCUCAGUGGAGCCAGUCUCUCUCCUGCUCAGUGGUCAGCUCUGGUGUUUAUCUUGCUGAACUCAGAAGAGAAUCUGGAUGAGUUUGAUUUGAGUAAAUAUUGCAGAUCAGAUGAAGGUCUUCUGAGGCUGCUGCCAGUGGUCAAAGCAUCCAGAAAAGCUGUGCUAUGGAAAUGUGACCUCACAGAGGAAAGCUGUAGAGCUCUGUCUUCAGUUCUCAGUGCAAACUCCUCCAGUCUGAGAGAACUGGACCUGAGUAAGAAUAACCUGCAGGAUUCAGGAGUGAAGCUGCUCUCUGCUGGACUGGAGAAUCCACACUGUACACUGGAGAUACUGAGACUGCGUGGGUGUAAUCUGACAGAGGAAAGCUGUAGAGCUCUGUCCUCAGUUCUCAGCUCAAAAUCUUCCAGUCUGAGAGAACUGGACCUGAGUGAGAAUAAACUGCAGGAUUCAGGAGUGAAGCUGCUCUCUGCUGGACUGGAGAAUCCACACUGUACACUGGAGACACUGAGGCUGCAUGUGUGUAAUCUCACAGAGGAAAGCUGUACAACUCUGUCCUCAGUUCUCAGCUCAAAAAGAACUGGACCCAGUCUGAGAGAACUGGACCUGAGUAACAAUAACCUGCAAAAUUCAGGAGUCAAGCUGCUCUCUGCUGGACUGGAGAAUCCACACUGUACACUGGAGAAACUGAGUCUGUGUAACUGCAGUAUUACAGGUGAAGGUUGUGCUGCUCUGGUUUCAGCUCUGAGGUCAAACACCUCAUCACACCUGAGAAAACUGAAUCUGAACUAUAAUAAUCCAGGAGAAUCAGGAGUGAAGCUGCUCUCUGAUCUACUGAAGGAUCCACACUGUAAACUGGAGAAAAUACAGUUCAAGACAUUAUUAUGACCUAUUCCAAGUCUCACACACAUGAUCAUGUGGAUAAAGUGUUUUGAAGACCCACUGGGAGAGCUGAAACUGAUGUAUUUCUUUGUCAAAUAGGGAUUAUGAUAAAGUUACAGAUUUUGCUUUUAUUUGUUCUGGUUAAAUAGAUAGUGUACAAUAUGCCAGGAUUUUAUUAUGUCUUUGUUUGUAAACAUGAAAAGCUGAGAUAACCUAAGUAGAGCUACAUAUGUUUAAUCUCAGUAAUUAAACAACUUCUAUUAAUUUUUUUUUUAAAAAAGAACAACAUACAGUAAA